CUUGAGUGAUAGACUGAUACAGUCUGAUAGUAACCCUAUUUUAUUUUUGUGGAAGGAAAAUCUCGAGUUCCGAAGGAAAGAGACCCAGCUAGCUUGUUCCCCAGCAAAAGUUGCUUCUAAUUGCAGUCAAAACUCAAAGUUGUCUCCAAAAACUCAAAAGCCGGCGGAAGCCAAAUCCAUAAACCCCCGGAAACGCCAACGGUAAAAGAAAUCCGAAUUGGAAUUUUCAUUGGUUAAUUUGUUUCUCCAGUUUCUCUCUCGCUCCUUCAACGCCGGAUUCGGACCUCAACCUCGCUCUGUCCACCAGGCUCCUCGUCGUCACCAUUCCCUCCAACCGCCCGCGUGCUCCGUCUCCGGCGUUCCUCUCCUCGUUCUUUUUCUGUCAUCUUCCGAUCCUAAGUUAUUCUGGCUCUUCGGAUCCAAAGCUCUUGUUACUCAGUCACUGUAUGCCAAGCAAUUUCCUCUUUCUUGGUUGUUUCCCAUAAUUUUGCGGUUUCCCCGAGUGUUUAUUGGUUCCCGUGGGUCCUUUCUGGGCAAUUUCGUAUUUCAAUCAAUCGAUGCUUACUGUUUUCCUGUUGGGUAAGAUAUGAUGUGGGUGGGGAAAAGUAUGUACUUUUUCAGAUUUUGGGUUUGGAAGAACUCUGUUUGUUUGCUCUAAAGCUUCUACCUUUGGUUACUUCACAAACCACCCGAAGAACCCUAAGUUCGUCUUCCAAAACUGGUCUAAGCUUCGAAAGUUUUUCCGCUAAUUGUUGUGAAUGCUGGCUCAUAGUUCUCACUAUUCUUUUCUCAUUCUGAGUUCCCUACCUUAUUGCCUCGUGACCAGUUAACAAAAUCUGUCUUGCUUGAAGAUUAUCAUCAUUGGUGAGCGAUCUGUUUUCGUUUGCAGUGAAUUUUAAUCCUUUUGUUUCAUCUUAUCAAUUUUUGUAGUUAAAAACUGCAAGAAGCUAUUGAGUGGUGGCAUUUCCAUGUCUUAAGCAACAACCCAAGUUCUGAUGUGAGAGGUAAGCUCAGUGGGGGCCUUUCUGUUCGGCUUAGAAGACAAUGGGAGAUGGCAGCAACAACAGAGGCAGUGGUGGUGGUGGCAACAGUGCGAAGCCAGAAUGGCUGCAGCAGUACAAUCUCAUUGGCAAGAUCGGCGAAGGCACUUACGGUCUUGUAUUCUUGGCCAAAACCAAGCCACCUUCUUCAAACCGUGGCAAAUCGAUCGCCAUCAAGAAAUUUAAGCAGUCCAAAGAUGGUGAUGGUGUCUCCCCCACCGCCAUCCGUGAGAUCAUGUUGCUACGAGAGAUAACACACGAGAAUGUUGUGAAGCUCGUCAACGUCCACAUCAACCACAACGACAUGUCGCUCUACCUGGCAUUUGACUACGCUGAGCACGACCUCUACGAGAUCAUCAGGCACCACAGAGAGAAGCUCAACCAUCCAAUCAACCAAUACACGGUCAAAUCACUGCUCUGGCAGCUUCUCAAUGGCCUGAACUAUCUCCACAGCAACUGGAUUGUGCAUCGAGACCUCAAGCCAUCCAACAUCCUAGUGAUGGGAGAUGGUGAAGAGCAUGGGGCCAUCAAGAUUGCUGAUUUUGGGCUCGCAAGGGUUUAUCAAGCUCCAUUGAAGCCACUGGCCGAUAAUGGUGUUGUGGUAACAAUUUGGUAUCGUGCGCCCGAGUUACUCCUUGGGGCGAAGCAUUACACCAGCGCUGUUGAUAUGUGGGCUGUGGGAUGCAUUUUUGCUGAGCUCUUGACUUUGAAGCCGCUCUUUCAAGGUGCAGAGGCCAAAUCGACGCCAAACCCUUUCCAGCUCGAUCAGCUAGACAAGAUUUUCAAGGUAUUAGGCCAUCCCACGCAAGAGCGGUGGCCAAUGCUUGUGAAUCUACCCCAUUGGCAAUCUGAUCUUCAGCACAUCCAAGGUCACAAGUACGAGACCAAUGUACUGCACAGUGUAGUGCAUCUCUCUCCCAAAAGUGCUCCAUUUGAUCUGCUUUCUAAGAUGCUUGAAUAUGAUCCUAGAAAGCGGAUAACAGCUGCACAGGCACUUGAUCACGAGUACUUCCGGAUGGAACCUUUGCCAGGAAGAAAUGCUCUUGUGCCGGUUCAGCCAGGGGAGAAAGUGAUCAAUUAUCCUACUCGUCCUGUUGACACGAAUACUGAUUUUGAAGGAACGACUAACCUUCAGCCUCCACAGCAGAUGGUGUCAGGAAAUGCAAUGAUGGCGGGUGCUCAUGGAAUGGGAGCCCGAGGUGGUCCUCGACCUAUGCACAUGGGGAUGCAAAGAAUGCAACCUCAGGGUAUGGCAGCUUAUAAUCUUCAGGCUCAGGCUGGAAUGGGAGGGAUGAAUCCAGGAGGAAUGCCGAUGGGUCGAGGUGUCGCCCAGGCCCAUCAGCAACCUCACCUGAGAAGGAAAGAUCCGCCCAUGGGGGCUGGAUACCCUCCACAACAGAAAUCAAGACGCUAAUAAGACGAGCUCCAACUCUCAGAGAGAUUUUACUUCUGCUGUUCCAGGCAUAAUUGUUCUAUCCUGGAUCACUCUGAACUGUAUGCCACUCGCUGCUCGCUGCUUGUAUGCACAGUUUCUCCGCUUAAAAAUCGACGAGCAGAAAUUUUCACAUCAAACUGGCUAUCUAACAAUGAGCCCCUGGUAUAUGUACUAUGUAUGAUUUUGUCUUGCUGUGAUCGUUUUAUUUAUGCUCCAUGGAGUCGCAGUUCUUCCCAAUUUUAAGGGAUUUGUAUGAAGCAGCUGUAACACAAUUAUGUACUGCAGUUCACUUGAGCAGAUGAGUUCAACAAAUGUGUAUUCUGGUUUCGGCUUAGAAGUUAGAAUAACAUGUGGGGCUGUGCAUUGGGUGGAUCAGGCGGAUUUCCGCUUCAAAUUAGCCCACCUGAUCAAUCACUCGCCCAUAACAAUCACAAAUUAUUUACAGGUGCCUUGAUGACUCGAUGUCAACCCGCGGUUCAAUCACUCGCUCGCCCAACAUGUGAAGUAGUUACCCCGAGUAUAGCCUAGUAGACGGUGAAAAGAAGGGGAGAUACAGGCCGGCCAACGUGACAAGUUAGAAAGACGACAUCUUUUGGUUGUUUAAUUUCCGAGGGCCGAGGGGUGCUGGCACAAAAAGUUUCGGUUUCAUCGCGUUCACAGGCAGAGUCCUUUUGGCGAACUGCUUUCGGCUAAAACUUCAGACAGGAAAGGAAACAAUCGGCGAUCAAAAGGGGAAGAAGCGGAAGCCGGAGAAGUGAACAUGUCGGCGCUUUUCAAUUUUCAUUCGUUUCUGACGGUGGUGCUGUUGGUGAUCUGCACUUGCACUUUCUUGAAGAUGCAGUUCCCCACCAUUCUCGAACAGAAAACCGGAUUCCGCGGAUUUUUUUGGAAAGCAGCCAGAAUAGGUGAACGGUUAAGCCCCUGGGUAGCUGCAGGGUGCCUGACGAUGGGCGUCUCGAUCAUAUUCUUCUGACAACAGCUUCUUUCUGCCAUUCAACUCAACAACUAAGUCUCCAUAUCCAGCAUCUGUUUGCAAAAUGUGUCUGAAAGGCAAUCUAAGGGGCACUUUUCUAUGUUAAAUUAUUUGCUUUCCUGUUGCAAUUGGAGAUUCAACUUGCAGAAAAUCGCCAACUUGGCUUUGACCCUCCAAAGGUACCGGAGGAAAACAUUUAAUCCCCUUGUAAUCAUUCAUAUUCUCCCAAAAUUUUCAUAUCAGAUGUGAUUGCAAAUUAAUUAUGCAGGCUUCUCCGUAUUUGCUUUGACUUUUUGGCAUGGUUUGGUUGCUGGUUGUUGUUGAUGUACCAAUAUUAUUUUAAGUCAACACUAAUUGUAGGCUGUAGCAUCAUUACCUUUGCUA